AAUUAAGUAAGUAGCCAAAUUAAUUUCCCAAAAGUCAAAGAAUAAGUGAUGGGGUUUUAAUCCUCAAAUUAACAACUUACAAUGUAAACGUAUGUACAAACUCUUCAUCUGUUGAGGUUCAGCAAUCGAUUGAGAGAGAGAGGGAGAGCUCCAAAAUGGAAGCAGUGGAACUCCUUCUAGAUAAGCUCCAGCAGCUAUGUCUGUACCAGGCACAUUUGAUCAAGGACUGUAAGGACGACGUGGAGAAUCUGGAGAAGAAUCUCCAACUUGUGAAAGCCUUUCUGAAAGACUCCUCCGGCAAGAAGCAGCAAACGCUAGUCCUCCAAAUACGCGAUUUGGUUUACGAGAUGGAGGACAUCAUCGACGCCUAUGUAACAAAUGCUGCAACCAACAAGUCCAAGAGCUUCUUCAGCAGAGUAGUUUUGGCUAAGCCGCCGGUCAACCUCCUCGGCGUUGACCAAAGAUUCCAGUCACUCCUCCGCCAGAUCGAAACUUUCAGGGAUGCCUCUUCCACCACCUCUCUUGUUCAACACCCCAAACAGGAACCCCCGAUUAGAGACAAUUUAGUGGUGGGUUUGGAAGAUGUGACAGAAGAAGUAAAAAGUUAUCUGACUGAAGAAACUAAUGAGCUUGAUGUGAUCACCAUCGUUGGUAUGCCUGGAAUAGGCAAGACUGCACUCGCAUGGAAGACUUAUGCUGAUCAUGAUGUCAUUAAUGAAUUCCCUAUCCGUAUAUGGAUCGAUGUAUCGAGUGAGUUCACGAUGAAGGAAGUCUUUUUUGCCAUUUUGAAGCACAUCCCCUCGCUCGCAGACGAUAUUAAUGACAAAAAUGAGGUCGAGUUAGCCCAACUUGUUGCUAAAUAUCUAAAGGACGGACACUUCUUGAUUGUCAUGGACGAUGUGCUUUCAACUGAUGAUUGGGAUAAACUCCAAUUUGCUCUACCAAAGUCCAUUAAGAAGGGGAAAGUCUUGAUCACCAGUUGUAAUGAGAGUGUAGCUUGGUAUGCUAGCAAAUACAGGUCUCCUCUCAGGGUGCGUUUCUUGAAUCCUAGUGAGAGUUGGUCCCUACUUCGAGUUAAGGUUUUCGGUAAUCUUGAAUGCCCCACCGAAUUGGAAGACAUCGGAAGACUGAUUGCGGACCAGUGUGAAGGGCUGCCACUAGCAAUAGUGACUGUGGCACGUGCUCUUCUGGAAGGCAACUUGUCAUCUUCAACUACGAUAAGGGUGUGGACUAAAGUUUGCUCGCGAGUCCCUCAAUACACUAGUAACAUAUUUCAUCUUAACCUGCCUUACCAGUUGCGGAUGUGCUUUCUCUAUUUUGGGAUGUUUCCAUCCGACUUUGAGAUCCCAGCGUGGACACUGAUAUGCAUGUGGAUUGCAGAAGGAUUUGUACAACCCCGGGGAAGUGUCAGCUUGGAGGAAACUGCGGAAUCCUACUUAAAGGAUCUUGUUAGUAGGAACUUGGUUAGAGUCGAGAAGAUCAAGAGCAAUGGUAAAAUUAAAUCAUGCCGCAUUCAUGGCAUGCUACACGAGUAUUGCAGAAUUGAAGCUGGAAAAGAAGGGGUCCUCCAGCAAGUUCAGUUUAGUGAUGGGGAUUUUGAUCCUCCCAUCUCUGACCUGUCAAGCUGUUAUCGCCUUUGUAUUACUUCCAACAUCUUGGAUUUCCUUGCUUGCAAACCUUCUGGUCCUCGCGUCCGUUCCUUUGGUUUCUCCCAUGAUGAAGUUUGCUUACCUCUAGCGGAAAUUUCCACCAUCCCUGAAGCUUUCAAACAACUCAGAGUUUUAGCUGUUCCCAUCAAAUUUACCAAAAUCCCAAGUGACAUGUACCGAUUGGUCCACCUGAGGUUCCUCACUUUGUCCUCUGAUUUAGCUGUUCUUCCUGCUAGCCUUUCCAAGCUUUGGAGCAUACAAACUCUUACAGUCAAUACCACUAGUUGCACCCUUGAAAUGAAAGCAGAUAUUUGUCAAUUCACUCAGUUAAGGCAUUUUAAGACGAAUGUUUGUGCUACUUUGGCCACGACUGCUAAACAUGGCAAAGAAGGUGAAAACCUUCAAACUCUAGCCACGGUUUCACCUGCAAGCUGCACGAAAGAAUUUUUUGCCAGAGCUUGUAAGUUGAAGAAGCUGGGCAUUCGUGGGAAACUAUCCUUGUUUUUGGAUGGAGAGAUUGGAUCAUUUGAUUGUUUGGGUGAACUGACUUGUCUUGAAAAUCUGAAGCUACGAAAUGACGUACCAGAAGGUCAACUGCGUAGGCUUCCCCCGGCCAAUAAAUUUCCACCAAGUCUGAGGAACCUAACAUUAGCUGAUACACAGCUUGAUUGGAGUGAAAUGCGUAUCCUAGGGUUGCUUAAGGGGCUAGAGGUGCUCAAGUUGAAAUGCAACGCAUUCAAGGGAGGGAAAUGGGUAACAGAUGAUGGAGGUUUUGAGCAUCUUGAAUCCCUGUACAUUGAAGAUACAGAUUUAGUUGUUUGGGUAGCUUCCGCCCAUCACUUUCCCAGGCUUACAACUCUUGAGCUGCGGAGAUGUGAAAAACUAGAUCAAAUUCCAAUUCAGCUAGCUGAUAUACCAACCCUCCAGUUUUUGGAAUUGUACGAUAGUAGACAUGCAGCCGCUUCUGCCAUUAGGAUACGUGACGAGAUUCAAGAACACAUGCAUGAACAAGGGCCGGGGAGGAACGCCACCAAAUUCACGCUCUCCAUUUACCCGCCCACUGAAUGACCACCGUUGCCACUUGUCAGAUGUCACUCAGAAGUUUCCAAAGAGAUUAUGGAAGAUGCCUGCGUGGGAAUCUUCUCGACAAAUCUCGUAAACUAGCUUCAGUAGUUGAAUAAAUGUUGUACUUUUGUUGUUUUCCAUUAAGAAUGUUGUUUAUUGCACCCUGCCUCUCUUACCCUGUUGGUUUGAGGUAAUAAUCAUGUUGACUUGGACAUUUUAGUAUUUUUCAGUGACUUUCGUUUGAACACGAAAUGGUAGAAUUUGGGUGAAUACGUUUCGUAGA